AUGGCGUCCGUGGCGCCGGGGCCCCCUCCCGCGGAGCCGGCCCCGGCCGCCGCCGCCGCCGCCGCCGCCGGCAGGCCGCAGCCGCAGGCCCACCUCCUCCGGGCGACGUGGCGCGCCUUCGCCUCGGCCGCCAACCCGGCCGACAAGUCCGCGGACUCGGACGCGGCGUGGCUGCGGGGCCUGCCCCGGCCGCCGGCCUCGGCCGUGCGCAUUCGCCAUGACAUCGACUCCGGGGCCUUCCGCCGGGCCAAUCGCACCAAUGCCGCCGGCCUGCCGACGGUGGGCUUCUUCGACCUGACGGAUCGCCUCCGCCGGGUGGACCACCCCCGCCGGGAUGGCGCGGCCCCGGCCCCGGCCCCGGCCCAGUGGAACACCCUGGCCCGCUCGCUGGACAGCAACCACUACUUCCGGUCGCUGCGGCCGCCGGGCCCGGCCGAAGUGGCCCACCUGCAGGUCAUGCACCAGGCCCUGGCCGGGCUGAGCCUGCCCUCGGCCCGGCGGGGCAGCCCCCCGUCGCACGCCCCCGGGCCGCCGGCGUCCGAGAUGCUGGGCUUCGACCGCCUGGUCCAGGCGGUCCUGGACACCGUGCAGCACACCCUGGACCUGCUCAAGGCCGAGUACUCGCCCGAGGCCACGGCCGGCUUCCUGGCACAGGUGGCGGCCGAGGCCACCGCCUCCGGGGCCGACCCGGCCGCCGCCCUGCGCCAGGCCCAGCUCACCCGCGCCUACCAUGUCCUGCAGCUGCACGACCGCAUGUCCGACUGCCUGUGCCUGGUGUCCGAUCCGAUGGAGGCCGCGCGCAAUACCCUGCCCAACUUCGAGGACCGGUCCCUGGCCUCGGACUCGGCCAUGGACCUCAACAACUUCAUCCAGCGCCUCAACACCGACCUCGACCUGUGCCGGGCGCUCUUUGCCAAUGUCUUCGCCGAGGUGGGCGUCGUGCCCGACCCGGCCGACUUCCGGACCAUCUCCUCGCGCCUGACCCUGGAGCCGGAUGCCGCGGCCGCGGGCCAGCUUCCCGCGGCCCCGCGCCAGCGCGUCUUCGACCUGCUGGACAGCGAGUUCCAGGCCGUGGCCCACUCGUAUGCCUACGAAUACCGCGCCGGCGGGGUGGCCAUCGAUGAUCCGGCCAUCGCCGAGCGCCUGGUCGGCCUCAGCAGCGACGUCCUCUCGGCCGGCAUGUGGUUCAGCCGCGCCCUCAUGGAGGGCCGCGUCAAUGUCCGACUGACGGAUCAGCAAUACUCCCGGUUCAGCCACAUCCUCGGGCCCCCUCUGACCUCCCCCACCACGAGCGGCCACCGGCUGGUUGACCUGCCGCUGAACACCAUCCUCUCGGACUCCUUCAUGGCGUCCAUCACCUGCGCCGAGACCCGGACAUCCAUCUACAGGCAGCUGGCCGGCGCUCGUGGUCUCUCCGGCGAGCCACAUCGCGCACUCAUGCGCCUGAUCGAGAGCCGGCACAAGUUUGCCCAGGCCCUCGGGUAUGACAGCUUUGCCGAUCUCACCAUCAUCGGCAGCGCCAGUCGCAUUGUCCGGUCGCCGGACUUCAUCGCGGUCUUCCUGCGCAGCCUGGGCGAGCGCCUGUCUCCCGAGGCUCGGAAGCACACCAGCCGCCUGGCCGGCCUGCUGCAGGGCCACUCCGCCCGGUUCAACACCUCCCCCCGGUCCAAGUCGCCCCCCGCGCCCGAGGCCUCGCUGCCCGUCGACUCCAUCAACUUCUGGGACCUGCCGCUGGCCCGGUACCUGGACACAGCGCAGCAGGUCCGCGAGCUGCAGGCCGCCGGCCAGGGGCUCUCCUCGGAUGAGCGGCACUUUUACUCCCUCGGCACGGCGCUCUCCGGCAUUGCCAUGAUCGCGGAGCUGGUGUUCGGCCUCCUGCCCCGCCUCCGCCGCCUGAUGACCGCCUCCGCCGCUGGGUCCUCCUCUCGGCCGCCGGCUCGGCGCCCGACGGCCUCCAACCCGGCCGCCGCCACCUCGACCCAGGGCCCGCCCAAGCGCGGCCGGCCCAGCAACGAGACCCUGCGCGCUCGGGAAACCCUGGCCGCCAAGGCGGCGCCCCCGAAGCCGGUACCGGCCACCAUCGCACCGCCGGCCCCCGGGGCCCGGGUCACCCGUGCCAUGGCGGCCGCCGUCCAGGCGGCCGCCACCGCCACCGCCAUCACCACCAGCCCGGUGCCGGGCCUGCUGGCGCACAACCUCCAGGCCGAAGGGCUGACCGCGCCCCGCGCCGCCGGCCCGCCGCCCGACCAUGACCCCGGGCCCCCGGUCAAGGCCGAGCCCAAGCUGGCCGGCCCCUUUGCCCUGGCCCAGGCCCGCAUGAAUGCCCCGGUCAUGGCCAAGAAGGCCAAGGUCGGCCAGAGCCUCGCGUCGGCCAAGAAGUCCGGCGCCCCGCCGGCCAAGCUGUCACGCUCGGCCUCGGCCGAGCAGCAGGUCCUUCGGGACCUGGCCAUUCAGGCGAUCGUCCGCCACUCGCGCUUUGCCCGGCGCGCGCCACGCGCCACCACGGCCGAGGCCGCCCCCUCGGCGGCCUUCCUCGCGGCCACCGGGCUGGUCUUCCCGGUGGACGAUGUCACCACCCCGGCCGAGGCCUUUCCCAGCAUGCCACGCGAGACCCCGGCCGACUUGGGCUUCCUCCCGCCGGCCGGCGACGCCGCCGCCGCCGCCGCCGCCGCCGCCGCGGCCGCCGGGCCCGCCGGCGAGGGGGCCCCCCCCGCGGCGGCCCCGGCCCACACCCCGGCCGGGGCCCUGCGCCUGGUCACCUACAAUGUCAAUGGCCUCCAGGCGGCCCUGCAAAAGGGCCUCCUGACGUAUGUCCUGGCCGAGCAGGCGGACAUCCUCUGCUUGCAGGAGACCAAGCUCUCCUUCAUGCCGCCCGGCAGCCUGGAAGAUCCGCGGACCUUCGACGCGCCGGCCCUCGGCCCGGAGUUCAUCCAGCUCCUGGAGCACUUCCCCUACCGGAUCUGGUCCAACAGCCUGCAGCCCCUCGGGUAUUCCGGGGUGGCUGUCCUGUCGCGCGUGCCGCCGGCCGCCAAUGGCCGGGUCAUCACCGGCAUGGAGCUGGCCCUGGCCCGGCUGGAGGAGACCCUCCUGCCGGAGGGCCUGCUCACCGAGGCCCCCAUGCCGCCGCGGCUGACUCGCGUCGGCCCCACCGAGCCCGAUGCCAAGAUCCCCGCCCGGCCGGUGUCCCACGACCUGGAGGGCCGCCUGCUGGCCGUGGAUUUCGACGACUUCUGCCUGGUCAAUGUAUACACCCCGAACUCCGGCCAGAAGCUGGCCCGACUGGACUACCGCCGCCAGUGGGACGCGGACUUCGCGCGCUUUGUCCGAGCCCUGGAGCUCGGCAUCACGGCCGACCCUGCUGCGGCUGACGCCACUGCCGCCGCCGCCACCGCCGUCGCCGAUGCCACCCAUGCCGAUGGCUCGACAGCAUUGGUUCCCCCGCCUCCGGCCUCGGCCGCCGCGGCCUCUGGCACCGGCUCCCCCGAUGAGGCUGCCGCCUCGGCUCCGGCUCCGGCUCCGACAAAGGCCCCGCUGGUCGCCGGCCGCCCCUGGCGACCGGUCAUGGUCACCGGCGACCUGAACGUCUCGCACCAGCCGUUGGAUCUCCGUCGGGCCAAAGCCAACCAAAGGACCGCCGGCUUUACCCUCGAGGAGCGUGCCGGCUUUUCCAACCUCCUUCAGACCGGUCAAUUGACCGACGUCAUCCGCCAGCGACACCCCGGCCAGGCCGGCCUCUUCACCUACUGGGGCGUCCGCGGGGACACCCGCGGCCCGAACUCCGGCUGGCGACUGGAUUACUUCCUGGCAUCGCACGCCCCGGCCCCGGAGCACUGUCGCCCUGCCCCGGGACAGGACGCCAGCCGGGCGCUGGUGGACCGCGUCCGUGGCGCCGGCAUCCGCCAAGCCGUCUGGGGCACCUCCGACCAUGUGCCGGUCUUCCUGCUGCUGGAAUCCACCGCCGCCCGGUGUCCCGACCCAGCCCCGACGCCGGCCAGCUGA